UUGAGCUCGCGGGUUUCUACGUCGACAGCCAUUGUUGCCAUUGAUGCGCGUUACGCACUCAUUCGUUCGUACUCUCGUCACGAGGGCUCUGCGGAGCCAGUGUGUGCGGACAGCGCUAUUCAUAGGCUCAGCGGCGAUCGCGCGAGUAACACAAGCUCUGCGGACAGCAAAAAAAAGCAGUAUGUACUCGACCCUCGAGGACAGCCGCCGCGCCGACGAGCGCGCGGCCGCGCAAGGUUACGAGGUAGAGGACUGGGCGCAAAAUGAUCUCGGCACGGCGGUCGGCUGGUGGACGCCCGGCCACGACAUCCACGCGGACGACGAGGCCUCGGAGAGGCGCGGCGCGCUCCGGACGGCGCUGCGGAAUCACCGCCGUGGCGACGCGACGCCCGUUGACGUGUCGGAGGCUGAGGGUAGUAGUAGCGACGGCGAGGAGAGCGACGGCGGCCAGGCGGCGCGCGGCGUCGCCGGGCUCCGGGCGCGCGGCGGCGAGCUGGCGCGGGCGGAGCGAGCCCAGGAUGCGACGCGGACGCUCGCGGCGAUCAAAGCGCUGGGCGAGUGCCGGGUGUCGCUCGCCACGCUCAAGGGCGCCACCGCGACGACGAAGCUCCUCGGGCGCAUGGGCCGCAAGGCGCCGAACCGCGACGUGCGCCGCGCCGCCGCGGCCCUCGUCGAGCGGUGGAAGCGCGUCGCGCGGCGGGACGGCGUCGCCGAUUAA